UCCUUGUUAGUGCGUCCGCCUCCCAUGCUGGAGACCCGGGUUCGAGCCCCGCUCGGAGCGAGUCGUUGCUGCUGCUGCUCUCGUUCAGUUUCAGCCUCGGGAUCUGAUUCUGGAUCAUAGAUAAACGGCUGCAUCUGACUGUUAGCCAUGGUUUGUUUUGGAUGAUGUUUUUUUUUCCCUCACUGUAAUGUCACAACUUCCAAACGCUCUCAAAGCAAAAGCCUACUGGCGCUCGUGAUUCUUUAGCUCCGCCCACACGCCACGCCUCCAGCCGGUCGUGUUUUUCCGGGAAAAAUCGGUACAGACUAUCUUUCUCUUAUGAAUAUAAUAAAACUAAAGACUUUUUGGAGUUAUGAAGGAUGCAGUACUACUCUAUAGGUUCUCAAGAUUAACAGGAGAUUGAGUGAAAACGAGCAUUUUUUAGGUCACACUGCUUAAAAUUCCAUGUGGAAUGUAUAUAAAAUAAGAGGGAUGCAAAAAUGAUGCACUAUAUUUGUAAGUAAUUCUAGCAUAUUGUGUGUGUGUGUGUGUGUGUGUGUACAGUAUAUAUUAUAUACUGUAUAUAUACACACACACACUGAAUAAAAAUGUUAGAAGCGUUCAAAUGGUAUGGAAUGGGGUUUUUUGCUUUUCGAACAUUCGUGUGAUGUUUUGCAUGUGUUUUGUGACGGGACUGUUAAUGAUAGGAUUCAAACUCGGGACAGCUGAAAUGCAAUGGCUCGUGACUAUUGAGGAACAGACGUUUAACCACAUAAGGGACAACUGGAGUAGUUCUUUACACUGGCAGACAGAAGAGUUCCUUCAUUAGACUUCCUCCAUCUCUCAUACUGCUGGAAGAAAUGUUCUGUGUACUUAUUUUCUUCUGUUUUUGGCGUCCGGUUGAUACAGAGGGAAUGAAGAUGUCAGUGAUGGAGGGAGAUUCUGUCACUCUACACACUGAUGCUACUGACAUCCCCAGGAAACACAUACGUUACAUACAGUGGAGGUUUGGACCUGAGAAAGCACUUGUAGUCAUUCAGUUUAAUAAGGAGGCGCCUGAUGUUAAUUAUUUCAAUACUGAGAGAUUCAGAGGCAGACUACAGAUCGACAGUCAGACUGGAUCUCUGACCAUCAGGAACAGCAGAACCACAGACUCUGGACUCUAUCAACUACAGAUGAUAAAAUACAGACCGUUUUAUUUCAAUGUUACUGUCUAUGCUCGUCUUCCCAUUCCUGUCAUCACCAGAGACUCUUCAAACUGUUCAUCCUCAUCAUCCUCAUCCUCACAGCAGAAUUGUUCAUUGGUGUGUUCAGUGGUGAAUAUGAGUCAUGUGACUCUCUCCUGGUACAAAGGAAACAGUUUAUUGUCCAGCAUCAGUGUGUCUGAUCUCAACAUCAGUCUCUCUCUACCUCUGGAGAUCGAGUGUCUGGAUGAUUCAUACAGCUGUGUGUUAAACAAUCCCAUCAGCAACCAGACUCAACAUCUGGACAUCACUCAACCCAGAUGUCACACAUCUGCAGACUCUGUUCACUGUUGUGGUUUCACUGAAGCUGUGAUUCGAUUGGUCAUCUCUGCUGUGGUGGGCGUGGCUACUGUUGCCGUUGUGGUGUAUGACAUCAGAUCUAGAAGAGCUAUGAUUAAUGGUCAUAAAAAACCUGGAAACAGAGAAUUUAACAAUUACUGGACAGGAUAUUAAUACAACCUUGAUCAAAUUUGAAUGUAGAUAUUUUCUGCUGUAAAAUAAACAUGGUAUAAAUAAAUUCAGUGUUGUUGUCCUUGUGUGGAGUA